CGUGUGGUGGAGGAACUGGAUAGCGAUGACGGCGUUGGGGGGUUGGUUUCAAAAGCUUCGGGUAAAAGAUUUGCUAGCGAUCCCCUUCGGUUCACGGGCAUCGACAUGGGCAAUAAAGACGGUGGUGGCGCGAGGUUACGGGGAAAACAGACCUAUGGGGCAGACACGACAGACGAUGAUUCGGAGGAUUCUGCGAGCGAUGAGGAGGACAGUGUCCACCUCGAGUCUGCCCUCGCACGAAUUCGCCGGGCUCAGGCAAAGGGCAAGGCCGACGUCAAGCUGACAAAGGACGAACUGGCAGCUCUCGAACGGUAUCAACGACGUCAGAACGGCGAAGAGCGGAAGAAAAAGGAGAAGCGGAUCGCGGUACCGCUAGGUGCUCUUGCCCAAAUAGAUGCACCUCGGAGCUCCUCUCGUGGGGAACCUUCGCGAACCCCGCGGGAACAGUCACCAGUUCCUCCGGCACGUCUUCCCAGCGGGUCAACAACUACCGCCGAGAGGGAGCAGAGCUCCUCGCCUUUUAAUUAUUCGUACGUCAAAGACCAACCCGCUGGUACCAUUCGGCGUUCUCGAGAUUCUCCUUCCUACGGCGACAUAUCUCCUGGAGCCACGGGCAGUUCUCCCCACCACGAUGUUUCGCGGCAAGCUUCUUCAAGCGGAAGCGGAGCUGAUCCCUUCCAGUACUUGCAUCCCGGUGGUACCACUCGCCCCACUUACACAGGCGACUACAGGAGUCGGACAACAACAUCAGACAGACACCGGACGACCAGCGAUCUAAGCCCGGGCGACCAUUCGGCGGGCGAGGAAGACAAGCACCGGCAUUCAUCGAGGAUCAGCAGUUCCGCCGGGAGGAGCACCAGCCAUUAUGACCGAUCGGAGCGUGCGAGAGAGCGACGGGUCGCUGAGGAGCAAGCCAACGAGAUCAUUUCUUCUUCGUCUAAGAGGACGUCUGGCGACCCGCCCUCAAUCGUCAAGCGGAAGGAGAUGUUGACUGGUAGUUCUUCCAAGUCAUCAUCUUCUUCCAAGCGCAGAAGUCGUGGUUGAGAUGGUUACUUGUUUACUUGGGACCUCUGGUUAUGAAAUUGGUUGCACUCGGACAGGGCAAAACAAAAGAAACAGGGGGGCUGGCUAGCUCGAUGUCUUGUGUGUGUGUGUAUUGCGUCGAUAGAUAUAGUAGUUUGUGGUUCUUAAUAUUUAUUCUCCUAUUCACGCUUCCCUUCCGCUGCCUGUCGAAUCUCGUGAUGCUUCUUUUCCAUCAAAUCCAUAUGUAAUGAAAU